GCGACUACGGAUCAGAUUUCAGUCCUGAUGAAGCGGAGCUGCUGAACGAGAUACUUGCGCAGGUUGACGCUGACGCUGACGCUGACGCUGACGCUGACGCGACAGGUCGGGUGACGACUCUCCUCCAGGCACCACCGCGGCAGGGUUCGGGUUCUGUGGUCCGGGACAUUGAGGAUUGCGGCGAGGAUGUUUCGCAGGCUUGGGUGCCGCGGGUUUUGGGGCGGGAGAGGAAGAAGAAGAAGAAGAAGCCCGUGUGGCAGGUUCGGAGGGGGAUUGCAGAUAAGACAGGUUUCAUUGGCGCGGCUGCGUUUAGUGGAGCAUCCCGAUUCCACGGAAGGUCGCGAGCGCCAACGCGAGAGGGACGUAGCUCGUGAGAAAGCUUGCACUGCUGAUGAGGUGGUGGCCGUGGCGGAGACGCGAACGCCCCUGGAGCGGUUUAGACGCCCGCCUAACAAGGCCUUUUCGGUAACGGAUCUUGUCUCUCCGGCGUGGUGCGAAGUGCAGUAUUGGUAUACGCUCACUAAGCAUGGGAGAAAACGGAGGACACCGGCAAUGAAGCAGGGCAGUACGAUACAUAAGUCGCUCGAGGACGAGAUAUACACUACGGUGCAGGUGGAGAUUACAACCAAGGAAGACGCGCUGGCGCUGCGGAUGUGGAAUGUCAUACAGGGGCUGCGCACGUUGAGGGACUACGGGAUCACUCGCGAGCUGGAGAUUUGGGGCAUAGUCGAUGGGGAGUUGGUUACGGGGGUGAUCGAUCAGCUCUCGUAUGAGUGUCCGGAUCAAGAGCUCGAGGCCUCGGCGGCGUCGCAUUAUGCGGAGGUUGCAGCCUCGAGGGUCGUCAUGCCCGAGUAUCAGAUGUCGUUGACAGAUUAUCUGCUGUCCCCUGCGCAAGGCGGGAGGAGGCUUUCUGAUUUGUCGCACCAUGCUGAGCUUGACCCGUUGACGGAGCCGGCUGGCAGCCAGUCGUCUACUGAGAUUCCGCAUCUACCCCGGAUCUAUAUGACGGAUAUAAAGACGAGAGGCAGCCAGUCCAUCCCCACAGUCAAGAGCUCGUCGUUCCGGCCCACGAUGCUCCAGCUCCAACUAUACUACCACAUGCUCAACCGGCUGGCCACCAGCGACGAAGUCACCAUCGAGAUGCUCGCCGCGCGGUACGACCUCGACCCCGAACGCAACUUCACCGACGCCUUCAUCAGCGAAGUCGGCUCUCUCAAUGACCGAUUCUUCGACGCGCCCUCCUCCCUCGAAUUCGACCCGGAUUUUAUCCCUACGCCCGAGGACGCGACCACGCGACCCCAUCGUCACAACAACUCACCCCAACCAUCUUCCGAGACAAACUGCCCCCCCUCCGCAAGCCAGGACUCCACCAGCAUCCUUCUCAGCAACAACAACCUCACCCGUCUCUGGAAGCUCAUGAAAGACCAGCUCCGCCUGACCUUCCUCCCGCCCCCUCAAUCAUCCGUCUCUGUGGCGCCCUCCAUCCCCUCGGAAUUCCAACCUCCCAUGCUCGAAUCCUACCCCACCGUCGUCUCCCCGCUCCUAACCGCACGGUAUCUCUCCUCGGCCCCAACCGCGGACCGCCACUCCCGCGUCCUAGGCAGCCGAUCUUUCCUCUUCGACCCCGACUCCCUGCAAUCCUAUCUCUCCGACCAACUGGAUUGGUGGCGCGGCCUGCGGACCCCGCGCGGCGUCGAAGUCAUGGAAACCUGGAAGUGUCGGAUCUGCGAGUUCCAGGAUGAAUGUGAAUGGCGUCGUGAGCGGGAGUGGGCGUAUGCGCGGAGGAAACAGGGGGUCUAAACUCUUAAACUCGUAGUUUUCUUUUACAUCUUCUUGUCUCUCUCUCUUUUUUUUUUUUUUUUUUUUUUUUU